ACGCGCGAUAGUGCCAAACUAGGGUGAGAGUGCGAAGAUGGCAGCUGCUGAGGAGCCAAAGCCCAAAAAGCUGAAGGUGGAAGCGCCACAAGCGCUGAGUGAAAAUGUGUUGUUUGGAAUGGGGAAUCCUCUUCUUGACAUCUCUGCUGUAGUAGACAAAGAUUUCCUUGAUAAGUAUUCGCUGAAACCAAAUGACCAGAUCUUGGCUGAAGAAAAGCACAAGGAAUUGUUUGAUGAACUUGUAAGAAAAUUCAAAGUUGAAUAUCAUGCUGGUGGCUCUACCCAGAAUUCAAUUAAAGUGGCUCAGUGGAUGAUCCAGAAGCCACACAAAGCAGCGACCUUCUUUGGAUGCAUUGGGAUAGAUAAAUUUGGGGAGAUUCUGAAGAGUAAAGCUGCUGAGGCCCACGUGGAUGCCCAUUACUAUGAGCAGAAUGAGCAGCCAACUGGAACCUGCGCUGCAUGCAUCACUGGUGACAACAGGUCUCUUGUUGCUAACCUUGCUGCUGCCAACUGUUACAAAAAGGAAAAGCAUCUUGAUUUGGAGAAUAACUGGGUGCUGGUAGAGAAGGCCAGAGUAUACUACAUAGCCGGCUUUUUUCUUACUGUCUCCCCAGAGUCAGUAUUGAAAGUUGCUCGCUAUGCUGCUGAGAACAACAGGAUCUUCACUUUGAACUUGUCUGCACCGUUUAUUAGCCAGUUCUUCAAGGAAUCCUUGAUGGAAGUCAUGCCUUAUGUUGACAUCCUCUUUGGAAAUGAGACGGAAGCUGCCACUUUUGCUCGAGAGCAAGGCUUUGAGACUAAAGACAUUAAAGAGAUAGCCAAAAAGGCACAGGCUCUUGCAAAGGUGAACUCGAAGAGGCCGAGGACCGUGGUCUUCACACAAGGGAGAGACGACACUGUAGUGGCUACAGAAAAUGAAGUCAUGGCUUUUGCUGUCUUGGAUCAAAACCAGAAAGAAAUCAUUGACACCAAUGGAGCUGGAGAUGCAUUUGUUGGAGGGUUUCUCUCUCAACUGGUCUAUAACAAGCCUCUGACUGAAUGCAUCCGAGCCGGCCACUAUGCAGCAAGUGUCAUUAUUAGGCGAACUGGCUGUACCUUUCCUGAGAAGCCAGACUUCCACUGAUGGAAGAAAGAAAACUCAAGCUGGGAGGUGCAGGCUGCAGUGACCUCGUCCUAAGUGUUCCUGCCAUAAGAAAGAAUAAUUGUACUGCUAUUUUUGCCAACCAUGAUUCUCAUUAAUUUAGAGGGCUCAGUAUUGCUCCUAGAACCUUUAGUCUUUGAAAUCUGGGGGGAAAAUGUUUAUUUCCAUAAUUUGUUAGUGCCUCUUAAAUGUCAAAAAGGAAUAUAGCAUUUCAGUAGAAACUUUUAUUUCAUUUUCCAUUGUUUGUAAAUUCAUCUGUAUUUAGUAAAUUAAUUGGUUUUUUUACAUUUCUGCUUUAAAUACAGGUGCAAUUUAAUAUAAUAGACUUUUUAAAGAAAUUAAUGCUAACAUCAUUCUUGAGCUUUUUAUAUAAAUAUAUUUAAUUUGGAGGUAUGUAUAUGCACACAUGUCAUAUAUAUACAUAUAUAUCUGAUAACUGGUCAGAUAAGGUACAGAAAUGUUUAUCACACCAAAUUAUUCCACAUAAGCUCUUCAUUGUGCUUCAGACAUAUGAUGGACUUGGAACAACCGAUUCCCCCAACAUUUGCAUCAUGUUAUUCAAAUCAUAACCUAUGCUUACUGAUGGUACUCUGUAAUUUGAUACAAAUAAAUUACCAUAUAGGAAUCCUUUCUGUCUUGGCUUAUGCUCAAUAAAACUAAGGAAGAAAUUGU